AUGUCCACCGACUCGAAACCUCCAACAACUGGGACGGCGCCCGGACCUCCUCAACCUCUACCGCGUAUACCGGAGAGAAUACUUGAAGUACCAGACCAACGGUACUAUGUACUUGGCUUGGGUCUAGCAUGCCAGGCAGCCAAAAUCUGGGACUUGCUCCAAUAUUGGACAUCGUCAAGUGACACCCCAUUACAUUUCGCAAGGAAAUGGUUGUUUGUGGACUUCCUGUAUUGCGCUGCUCUGUCGUGGCUCCGUAUACCUCGGCUACGGUACAGCAAGGCAGUCGUUGUGCUGCAAAUACUCUUCCUAUGCCUCUUCGACGGUCUCGCGUUUGGCGGCAUCUCUGUCAAUAUCGGAGCGGGUGGCUCGUGGUCACAGUCGGCCGGGUCUUCAGCACUUGCUUUGCGCUCAGGACACGUUGCAACCAAGUCAUCUGCUUUUUGGGAUUACCUGCCAGACUUCGGGCUUCCCGUCUUGCACGGCGCGAAGGACACCCAUCUCCUUGGACAGCACACUGUGCGCAUGUCACCUAUAAGCACGGCUCACCUGAAUCCCUACGGCGAAACCUUCUGCUUGCCGACGUCAAAUUCGCAUGUCCUCAUCCCUCUUCUGCUCAACAACACGUCCCCAAUCGGCGUGCGGUAUAGUCUCACACCACUCGCAUACUCGGAGUCCUCUCGUAGCUCUGGCAAGAUUGAGUAUCUGGAGCUGUCAGCAAAGGAACUUCGUGCUAUCGAACAGAGCCGCGUUGAGCACCUUCAACUCGUUCGUGCGGCUGCUGCCAAGAAAGACCACGACGAGUACGACGAGUACGACGAUGACGAGGAAGAAGAUCACACGGAGCCGACGGGCCAUGGCAACCUGCAGAAGACCCAAGACAUGACCUACAUUCGCCUCAACAAGCCCGGAACUCUCCGCAUAGAACGGGUGGUUGACCAUUCCAACGUCGAUGCGCGGUUGGUCAAUCCCGGAGAGGUCACUGUCGUUCCGUGCCCUCGUGCAGAGUUUACGUCGGAAAGCAUGACACAGGUCAAGGAGGUUCGUUGCGCGACGCCACGUCUAGUCAGUGGCGCAGGCGAGGAGCUCCAGCUUGAGAUCAAUAUUUUCGGUGUCCCACCUCUCAGCCUGCGCUGGACUCGCGAAGUUGGCUCUCGUAAGGAGUCAUUCAUGGUCGAGGGCAUCGAAGGCGCCGAGCACGAGCAUCAGACUCAUUCCGAAGAUGACCGCCGUGUCUCUAGCGGGCCCGGCCAACGCGCCCCUACCCAAGUCAAGGUCCCCCUCACAGUCUUGCUCGAUGCGCUCGGGACGCACACGUACAAGCUCGAGUCCGUCACGGACGCUAUGGGUAACGUCGCACAAGCUGGAGAAUAUGUUGGAACCGAGGUCGCGUCUCGCAAGAUUUCACCCUACACCGCGAGCACCCGGUCAGUUACAGUCCUCCGGCGUCCAAGUGUGUCCUUCAAACACUGUGGGCCUGGGCAUCCUGCCUCCCUGCUCAUCGGCGCCGAGGCGCCGCUCGCGAUCUCCACGGUGGACGCGGACACUAUCGACGCGCCAUGGGACGUCGACGUUCGUUACGACCCGCCCGCCGAGGACGGCAAGCCCAGCAAGCGGUACAAAGGCUGGACGAAAACGCUCGAAACGCAAGGCGAACGGAAGGAGCUUACGCUCCGCGCGAGCGCUCCUGGAGAAUACACGAUUGUCGGCGUGCACGGCCAAUACUGCGAGGGUGACGUCCUGAGCCCCGAAACGUGCAAAGUCGUCGAGCGGCCGCUGCCCACGGCGGAGAUUGAGUGGAAGAAGAUCCACGAGUGUUCGGGCGACACUGGCGUUUCUGCUGCGCUGGUGCUCCACGGCACCCCGCCGUUCCAGGUCUAUUAUCGUCAACAGCGGGACAGCGAGCCCGCACGGGAGACAUCGAAGACGUUCGCGAGCUCGCGCGGUGAACUUACCUUGCAGCCGGAGCGCAGCGGGCACUACACGUUCAAGUUUACCCAGUUGAGCGAUGCGAACUACAAGAAGACCGAUCUGAAAGGGCCGUCGAUCGAGCUCGAUGUGCACCCACCGCCCGCGGCGGACUUUGUGCGCGCGCCGCAGAGUGGCAGGGGUAAGAAGAGCAUCAGUAGCUGUGCGGGCAACAUGGUUGACGUCGAUGUUGAACUUCGGGGUACCGCACCGUGGAACGUCGAAGUCCAAAUCGUUGGGCCGAAGGGCUCUGAGGUUAUCCCCUUCUCUGGUAUUGAAACCCCAAAGAAGACCCUGUCAUUGCCUAUCCCGAAGUCUAUCGAUAGAGAUGGCGGUGCUUUCGAUAUCGAUCUUGUCAGCGUUGAGGACGCCUAUGGCUGCAAGCGUACCCUGUCAGUUCCAGGCGUGGCUGUUAACGUCCGCCGUGUCUUGCCUACCGUCAAGUUCUACGGAAAGGUUGAUCAACGGCAUGUUACCGUCCUUGAUCACGAGCAAGCUGUACUUCCGCUCCGACUUUCUGGCGAGGGACCAUGGCGCGUGAAAUACCGCACACAAGAGGCACCAGGGCGGGCUCUGUCAGCUACGCUCAGGUCGCCCAACGACGAGCUCCACGUCAAUGGCAAGGGCACGUAUGAACUCCUUGAAGUCUCAGACUCUCAAUGUCCUGGAACUGUUGUCAGCGGCGAGAACACUUAUCGUGUCGACCAUGUCGCUAGGCCUUUGGCCAAGCUUUCAUCAGACGUGCAGGCGACAUAUGAGCGAUUCAACGGGUCCCAUAUUCUCCCACCCAUAUGCGAGAGCCUGAGCGACCAUGUCGACCUCGACUUAACAGGCCGGCCUCCUUUCCAGAUCAUGUACAACAUCGCGAAGGACGACGGCUUCGGCGCGACGAAGCUCCUCGACCAGCCGACGUUCAGCAGCAUCCAACCCCGCACUCGCUUCCAGCUCCGCACGUCCGAGCCCGGACGCGUCUACUACGAGGUCAAGCAGAUCGGGGACGCCGCCUACCCGCUUGCGAAGAACAAGGACGCGAUCAUCCCGCGCUCCGAACGCCUCCUCUUUGAGCAGCAGGUGCUCAUGCGCCCGUCCGUGCGCUUCAAGAACCACAAUCGCAUGUCGUAUUGCUUGAACGACAUCCUCACCGCGCACGACACUGCGGGCGCGGACGGGCUCGUCGUGCUUGAGGGCACGCCGCCAUUCCAGUUGACCGUCUCCGUGCGCAACCUUGCUGCGAGCGAGGUGUACACGGAGACAAUCGAGCUGCACGACACGACGUGGCGCCUGCACCUCCCGCACUACACCUUCCGCUCGAUCGGGCCGCACCAGGUCACGAUUGAGUCAGUGCAGGAUGCCAGCCGCUGCGAGCAGGUUGCGCCAGACCCGCUUUACAGGGGCAUCUGGGUCGACGUCGCGGAGACAGCGGCUAUCAUUCCGUUCAGCAGGCGCGAGGACUACUGCGUCGGAGACGUCAUCCCCUUCCAGCUCGAGGGCACGCCCCCAUGGACGAUUGGAUACCGCAUCAACGGCAAGCUGCACACCCAAGAGGCCAAGAUCUCGCCGUGGUCCGUCGGCGCGGCGCAGGCGGGCGAGCUCGCGAUCACGAGCGUCGCGCACCAGCAGAAGAUGUGCAAGACGGCGGUGCCGGACCUGCGGUACGCGGUGCACGCGCUGCCGGCCGCGCAGGUCGGGCACGGGAAGCGGAUCGUGCAGGACAUCCACGAGGGCGACCAGGCGGAGAUCGUGUUCACGCUCGUCGGCGAGCCGCCGUUCACGUUCACGUACCAGCGCGCGGAGCUCAGCCCGCGCAAGGGCGUGCAGGGCCGCGUGCUCGAGACGCACACUGUGUCGGGCGUGACGACCAAGGAGUACUCGAUCUUCUCUGCGCUCCAAGGAACCUGGACUAUUACGUCUAUUUCGGAUAGGUAUUGCAGGUACCCCCCUACCCAAGACACGCAAGAAAAGUCGAGAUGA